CGCGGGAGGUUCCGGGCCGAGCCGGAGCUUCCGGGAGCGGCCGCGCUGAGGGGCAGGAGGAGGCGGAGGAGGAGGAGAAUGAAGAAGGAGCAGGUGGUGCACUGCCAGUUCUCCGUGUGGUACCCGCUCUUCAAGGCCGUCACCAUCCGCAGUGUUAUACUUCCCCUGCCAGAGAAUGUGAAAGAAUAUUUGCUGGAUGAUGGAACACUCGUGGUUUCUGGAAGAGAAGAUCCACCAAGUCAUGCUCAGGAGGGGAGUGAUGACACAGAAGAAAUACAGUGGUCAGAUGAUGAGAACACUACAAUACUUAAGGCACCAGAAUUCCCCGAGUUCACAUCUAAAGUUGAGGAAGCAAUAAGUUCCUUGGGUGGAAGUGUUUUUCCUAAACUUAACUGGAGUGCUCCAAGGGAUGCCUACUGGAUAGCAAUGAACAGCUCUCUGAAAUGCAAAGCUCUCAGUGACAUCUUCCUCCUCUUCAAGAGUUCAGACUUCAUUACUCGUGACCUCACUCAGCCAUUUACUCACUGUACUGAUGAUUCCCCUGAUCCUUCCCUGAACUAUGAGCUUGUUCUUCGCAAAUGGUGUGAACUAAUCCCUGGUGCAGAAUUCAGGUGUUUUGUCAAGGAAAACAAGCUUUUAGGUAUAUCCCAGAGGGACUACACCCAAUACUAUGACCACAUCUCCAAGCAACAUGAGGACAUCUGCAGAGCCAUACAGGAGUUCUUCAAGAAACACAUACAGUAUAAAUUCUUGGAUGAGGACUUUGUUUUUGAUGUGUACAGGGACAGCAGGGGUAAGAUUUGGUUAAUAGAUUUUAAUCCAUUUGGUGAAGUAACAGACUCCCUGCUCUUUACAUGGGAAGAACUGACCUCUGGGAAAAACCUGAAAGGAGACCAGAGUGAAGGGGAAGCAACAGAACAGGAUUAUCCAGUUUUCCGCUGCACGAACAGUAAAGUCACUGUCCAGCCCAGUCCAUACCUGAGCUACCGACUGCCGAAGGAUUUUGUGGACCUUUCUACAGGAGAGGAUGUUCACAAACUGAUCGACUUCCUUAAGCUGAAGAGAAAUCAGCAAGAUGAUGACUGAGGUACCCAGAAGCAUUACACUGAAUUACAAGCAAGAAAUGCGGCUAAAGCUAUAUUUAGCAUAACUAUUAAACUAUUGAUUUAAAGAAAACGUGCUUUUUAUAGUCAAUGAAAGAACUGAAGAGCUGUUCAUCCUCUGUGUCUCUUGGUUUAUAUGAAAGUGUAGAAAAGCUUUUUCAGGGAAACAUGAGAGGUCAGGGUGAGUUCUCACUGGAUUCCAGGUGCAAGCAAGCAACAGUCUGAGUGCAAUGAACAACUGCUUUCCCAUCUCAUAUUGUGAAGACUGAUGCCACUGAGCUCUGCCUUUGGACUCUUCACUGAUAAAUAUGGCAACAUGUAAUGCUUGUGCAGUUAAAACAUCGAGCAUCCUCUGAGUUUAGGCACAGUCUUGCUUAAAAUAUAGCCACAAAGAAAAAGGAAUGUACAUUUUUAUCUGUAGUAACCUUUUAAAAUUGUAAAUUGAUUUUCAUUUGGGAGCACUUCUUGUCCUUUAUGUAAAAAAAGAAAUAAAUAAAAAAAUGGAGAAGGG